AUGAGCACUGAUGGGGAGAUGGCAAUUUUUGGGGUUGCUGCCCAGUUCCUCCGUAAGUCAGAGAAGGAGAGGACGGAGGCUCAGGCCCGACCCUUCGACGGCAAGACGGCCUGCUUCAUCUGCGAGGAGAAAGAGCUGUACGUGAAGGCUGAGAUCCAGGACAGGGAGGACGGAAAAGUCACUGUCAAGACCAUGGAUGACAGAACUCUAACUGUCAAAGAGGACCAAGUAUUUCCCAUGAACCCGCCAAAGUUUGAUAAGAUUGAAGACAUGGUGAUGAUGACGCACCUCCAUGAACCUGCAGUGCUGUUCAACCUAAAGGAGCGAUACGCAGCCUGGAUGAUCUACACCUACUCUGGGCUCUUCUGUGUUACUGUGAAUCCUUACAAAUGGCUGCCAGUCUACAACCCAGAGGUGGUUCAGGCCUACAGAGGGAAGAAGCGGAUGGAGGUUCCCCCUCACAUCUUCGCCCUGUCUGACAACGCCUACCAGUUCAUGCUCACUGAUCGUGAAAAUCAAUCUAUACUCAUCACUGGAGAAUCUGGUGCAGGCAAGACAGUCAACACCAAACGUGUCAUUCAGUAUUUUGCGACGAUCGCAGUGCCUGUAGAAAAGAAAAAGGAGGCAACCAGUAAAAUAAAGGGAACUCUGGAGGAUCAAAUCAUCCAGGCCAACCCGCUGCUGGAAGCUUUUGGGAACGCAAAGACUGUCAGGAAUGACAACUCGUCUCGCUUUGGUAAAUUCAUCCGAAUCCACUUCGGUACGACUGGUAAACUGGCAUCUGCAGACAUCGAAACAUACCUGUUGGAGAAAUCGAGAGUGACUUUCCAGCUCUCGGCUGAGAGGAGUUAUCACAUCUUUUAUCAGCUCACUUGCAACAAGAAGCCUGAACUUAUUGAUCUGCUUCUUAUCACCACCAACCCCUACGACUUUGCCUUCAUCAGUCAAGGAGAAAUCAGUGUCAAAAGCAUCAACGAUGCAGAGGAGCUCAUGGCUACAGAUGAAGCUUUUGAUAUUCUCGGCUUCACCGGUGAAGAGAAAAUCUCCGUCUAUAAGCUGACUGGUGCUGUGAUGCAUUAUGGGAACAUGAAGUUCAAGCAGAAGCAGCGGGAGGAGCAGGCCGAGCCCGAUGGAAGUGAGGUGGCUGACAAAGCUGCAUAUCUGAUGGGCCUGAACUCAGCUGAUCUGCUGAAAAACCUCUGCUACCCCAGAGUGAAGGUUGGGAAUGAGUUUGUUACCAAAGGACAGAAUGUGCAGCAGGUGUACAACUCCAUUGGGGCACUCGCAAAAUCCGUCUAUGAGAAGAUGUUUCUGUGGAUGGUCGUACGAAUCAACCAGCAGCUGGAUACGAAGCAAUCCAGACAACAUUUCAUUGGAGUUUUGGAUAUUGCUGGCUUCGAGAUUUUUGAUUACAACAGCAUGGAGCAACUCUGCAUCAAUUUCACCAAUGAGAAGCUGCAACAGUUUUUCAACCACCACAUGUUUGUUCUGGAGCAAGAAGAAUAUAAAAAGGAAGGAAUCGACUGGGAGUUUAUUGACUUUGGGAUGGAUUUGGCUGCCUGCAUUGAGCUCAUUGAAAAGCCAAUGGGCAUCUUCUCCAUCCUCGAGGAAGAGUGCAUGUUCCCCAAAUCAACAGACACCUCUUUCAAGAACAAACUCUACGACCAACAUCUAGGUAAGAACAACUGCUUCCUGAAACCCAAAACAGUCAAAGGGAAGCCUGAAGCUCACUUCACUCUGGUGCACUACGCCGGCACCGUGGACUACAACAUCACCGGCUGGCUGGAGAAGAACAAAGACCCCCUGAAUGAGUCGGUGGUGCAGCUGUACCAGAAGUCAUCAGUCAAAAUUCUGGCCAUGCUGUACGCAAGUUUCUCUGGAUCUGAGGAAGCACCUGCAGGAGGAGCCAAAAAAGGAGCCAAGAAGAAGGGCGCAUCUUUCCAAACAGUGUCGGCUGUGUUCAGGGAGAAUCUUGGGAAGCUCAUGACCAACUUGAGAACUACUCAUCCUCACUUUGUGCGCUGCUUGAUACCAAAUGAGACCAAAACACCAGGUGCCAUGGAGAACCACCUGGUCAUCCACCAGCUACGCUGUAACGGCGUGCUGGAAGGCAUCCGGAUCUGCAGGAAAGGAUUUCCGAGCAGAAUUAUCUAUGGCGACUUCAAACAGAGAUACAGGAUUCUUAAUGCCAGCGCUGUUCCAGAGGGUCAGUUCAUGGACAACAAAAAAGCUGCAGAGAAACUGCUGGGCUCAAUUGAUGUGGAUCACACCCAGUACAAGUUUGGACACACUAAGGUGUUUUUUAAAGCCGGCCUGCUCGGUGCCUUGGAGGAGAUGAGGGAUGAGCGGCUGGCCCAGGUUGUGAUGUCCACUCAGGCUCUGUGUCGCGGCUACCUCAUCCGGCUGGAGUAUCAGAAGAUGAUGGCUAGAAAGGAGGCCAUCUACACGAUCCAGUACAACUUCCGCUCUUUCAUGAACGUGAAACACUGGCCGUGGAUGAAACUGUAUUUCAAGCUGAAACCUCUUCUCAAGAGUGCUGAGGCUGAGAAGGAAAUGGCCCAAAUGAAGGUGGAUUUCACAAAACUUAAGGAAGAUUUGGCCAAAUCAGAAAACCGGCGGAGAGAGCUGGAGGAGAAAAUGGUCUCCAUCGUACAAGAGAAGAACGAUCUCCUGCUUCAAGUGCAGGCGGAGGCCGACAGCCUGCUGGAUGCAGAGGAGAGAUGCGAAGGACUUAUCAAAAGCAAGAUCCAGCUGGAGGCCAAGCUGAAGGAGGUGAUGGAGAGACUGGAAGAUGAGGAGGAGGUCAACGCUGAGCUGACGGCCAAGAAGAGGAAGCUCGAGGACGAGUGUGCUGAGCUGAAGAGAGACAUCGACGACUUGGAGCUCACAUUAGCCAAAGUGGAAAAAGAGAAACAUGCUGUAGAAAACAAGGUGAAGAACCUAACGGAGGAAAUCCUGAGCCAAGAUGAAAGCAUCACCAAACUGUCCAAAGAGAAGAAAGCCCUGCAGGAGGCUCAUCAGCAAACACUGGACGACCUGCAGUCAGAGGAGGAUAAAAUAAAUGUUCUGACCAAAGCCAAAACUAAACUGGAACAGCAGGUAGACGAGCUGGAAGGUUCACUGGAACAAGAGAAAAAAGUUCGUAUGGAUCUGGAAAGAGCCAAGAGGAAGCUGGAGGGAGAUCUGAAACUUGCCCAAGAGUCCAUAAUGGAUCUGGAGAAUGAGAAGCAGCAGCUGGACGAAAAGACGAAAAAGAAAGACUUUGAGUUGUCGCAACUACAGACGAAGGUGGAAGAUGAACAAGCCCUUGGUGCACAACUACAGAAGAAGAUAAAAGAGCUCCAGGCUCGAAUUGAGGAGCUGGAGGAGGAAAUUGAGUCAGAACGUGCAGCUCGAGCCAAAGUGGAGAAGCAGAGGUCUGAUCUGUCCAGAGAGCUGGAGGAGAUCACCGAGCGGCUGGAGGAGGCUGGAGGAGCCACCGCCGCUCAGGUCGAGAUGAACAAGAAGCGAGAGGCCGAGUUCCUGAAACUCCGCAGAGAGCUGGAGGAGUUUUCUCUGCAGCACGACGCUACCUCUGCUGCUCUGCGCAAGAAACAUUCAGACAGUGUGGCUGAAAUGGGAGAACAGCUGGAUAACAUCCAGAGAGUCCGGCAGAAACUAGAGAAGGAGAAGAGCGAAUUAAGACUGGAAAUGGAUGACUUAUCCAGUAACAUGGAAAACAUGGCCAAAGCAAAGAUAAAUUUAGAGAAACUCUGCCGUUCACUCGAAGAUCAACUGAACGAGGUAAAAACCAAAGAGGACGAGCAUCAGAGGCUCAUAAAUGACCUUUCAAGCCAGAAAGCUCGGCUGCAGACAGAAAAUGCUGAGAUGUCUCGGCAGCUAGAAGAAAAGGAAUCCUUAAUGUCGCAGCUGACCAGAGGAAAGCAGGCCUACAUUCAGCAGCUUGAGGAGCUGAAGCGACUUCAUGAGGAGGAAGUGAAGGCUAAAAACGCCCUAGCUCACAGUUUGCAGUCUUCUCGUCAUGACUGUGAGCUGCUCAGAGAGCAGUACGAGGAGGAACAGGAGGCCAAAGCUGAGCUGCAUCGCUGCCUGUCCAAGGCCAACAGCGACGUGGCUCAGUGGAGAACCAAAUAUGAGACGGAUGCCAUUCAACGCACCGAGGAGCUUGAGGAGGCCAAGAAGAAGUUAGCUCUCCGCCUGCAGGAUGCAGAAGAAGCUGUGGAGGCUGUUAACUCCAAAUGUUCCUCCCUUGAAAAGACCAAACAGCGGCUGCAGGGGGAGGUGGAGGAUCUGAUGAUGGACGUAGAGAGAUCGAAUGCUGCUGCUGCUGCCUUGGACAAGAAGCAGAGGAACUUUGACAAGGUUCUGGCUGAGUGGAAGCAGAAAUAUGAGGAGGGUCAAACAGAGCUGGAGUCGGCUCUAAAAGAGGUGCGCUCUCUGGGAACUGACAACUUCAAGAUGAAGAACACUUUUGAAGAAUGCCUGGAACAGCUGGAGACCCUCAAACGGGAAAAUAAAAACCUGCAACAGGAAAUAAUGGAUCUGACUGAGCAGCUGGGAGAGACGGGGAAAACCAUCCAUGAGCUCGAAAAAUCAAAGAAACAGGCUGAGCAGGAGAAGUUGGAAGCCCAGGCAUCUCUGGAGGAGGCAGAGGCCUCCCUGGAACAUGAGGAAUCCAAGAUCCUGCGAGUCCAGCUGGAACUGAACCAGGUGAAGUCAGAGGUGGACAAGAAGAUAGCCGAGAAGGACGAAGAGAUCGAGCAGCUGAAGAGAAGCAGUCAAAGAGUCACUGACACGAUGCAAAGUAACUUGGACGCUGAGGUCCGGAGCAGGAAUGAUGCACUGAGAGUGAAGAAGAAGAUGGAAGGAGACCUGAACGAGAUGGAAAUCCAGCUCAGCCACGCUAACAGGCAGGCGGCUGAAGCUCAGAAACAGCUGAGGAACAUACAAGUUCAGCUCAAGGAGGUUCAACUUCACCUCGACGAUGCCCUGAGAAGCAAUGAUGACAUGAAGGAGCAGGUUGCCAUGUCGGAGCGCAGGAGUAACCUCAUGCAGGCUGAGAUCGAGGAGAUCCGAGCAGCUCUGGAGCAGACGGAGAGGAGCCGCAAGCUGGCAGAGCAGGAGCUGCUGGACGCCAGCGAGAGGGUUCAGCUGCUUCACUCACAGAACACCAGUCUGCUCAACAGUCGGAAGAAGCUGGAGGCUGAUCUGUCUCUGAUUCAGGGCGAGAUGGACGAUAGUGUCCAAACAGCCAGGAACGCUGAGGAGAAAGCCAAGAAGGCAAUCACUGAUGCUGCCAUGAUGGCUGAGGAGCUGAAGAAGGAGCAGGACACCAGCGCUCACCUGGAGAGGAUGAAGAAGAACCUGGAGGUCACAGUGAAAGACCUACAGCAGCGACUCGAUGAGGCCGAGAACCUGGCCAUGAAAGGCGGGAAGAAGCAGCUGCAAAAACUGGAGUCCAGGGUUCGAGAACUUGAGAAUGAGCUUGAAGCAGAACAAAGACAUCAGUCAGAUUCUGUGAAAGGAGUCCGCAAACUGGACCGCAAGAUUAAAGAGCUCACAUAUCAGUCUGAUGAGGACAAGAAGAACUUAUUGAGGCUGCAGGAGCUGGUGGACAAACUGCAGAUGAAGGUCAAAGUGUACAAGAGGCAGGCUGAAGAGGCUGAAGAGCAAGCCAACACUCAUCUGACGAAGCUGAGGAAGGUGCAGCAUGAGCUGGAGGAGGCUGAGGAGCGAGCUGACAUUGCCGAGUCCCAGGUCAAUAAGAUGAAAGUCAAGAAUCGAGACAUGGGCAAGGCAAAAGACAGCGGAGAGAAGUCGUAAUCAGCUGCCAUGACACACUAUCGACUGCUGUGUCUUAGUUUGCAACAUACUCUUAACCAAAUAUGUAUUUUUCUUCAUUUAAAGCCACUGUAUGUAUUAUUUCAUGUAGUUAUGGUGCAGUUCAAAUGAGUCUCUGCUGGUUGUAGGAAAAUAAUAAGCUCAUUUAUCUCCGUAGCAGCUUGUCAUUUGCAUUGUUGCCUGUCUGUCAUUUUCUACAACUGGAAAGCAGAAAAAUGUUCACAUUUUACACAUCGUGGCUUUAGACAUUAAGUGGCACAAUUCAUACGUGCAUUCAUUUGUUUUGUGGUAGUGGAUGUAUGUUGCCUUAAUUGCAAUAAA